AGCGCAGGCGCAGUUGAGACAGCGGCAGUAGGUGCAUCGCUGCAAGAACAUAAUUUCGCGUUAACAAUGGAGACUUUAUACGGUAUUCCUUUUGCAGUACUCGAAUGCCCGAAUAUAAAACUGAAGAAACCAUCAUGGCUACACAUGCCGUCGGCUAUGACUGUGUAUGCAGUAGUCAUCGUGUCCUACUUUCUCAUCACAGGAGGGAUCAUCUAUGAUGUUAUUGUAGAACCACCGAGUGUGGGUUCAAUGACUGAUGAACAUGGACACCAGCGACCAGUCGCCUUUUUGGCGUACAGGGUAAAUGGGCAGUACAUCAUGGAAGGACUUGCCUCAAGUUUCCUCUUCACUAUGGGAGGGCUGGGUUUUAUAAUCUUGGAUCGGUCCAAUGCACCAAACAUUCCCAAACUCAACCGCUUCCUGUUGCUGUUCAUCGGGUUUGUCAGCGUUCUCCUGAGCUUCUUCAUGGCCAGAGUAUUCAUGCGUAUGAAGCUGCCAGGUUACCUCAUGGGCUAAGGACAAACAUGAUGCAAGAAAUUGAAAAGAGAGAGAGGAUGCUAAAUAUUUGAAUACAUGCCAUACAUUGGAGAUGAAAUUGACUCAGACAGAAUCAUCAAGGACUAAAAGCACUGACCAAGCUCAAGAAAUGAGACCUGGCUGCUCUUAGAAUAAUUUUGACUACAUU